AUCAUAAAUGAACUGGAGCAUCUCAAGAUACAGAAGUAUUAUCGCCGUAUAUUCAAAAUAGUAACAUGAGAAAAGUUAAGGUUACUGCUCUUAAUUAAUUCCCAAGUCGAGAUUGAGUUGGGAGGUGAGGCAUGAACCGAAGAAGAAGAUGAUGAAGCCAACUAAUACACAGAUGGAGUUUUAAGGUUUGUUUGUUUUUCGUUUUCUAUCUUUUUUGUGGAUUCUGAGGUUCUGGGUCUGUUUAAUUGGUUGAAACUGAUUAGAAAACAAUCAAAUUUUAGGGAUUCUCAAUUUCUCAUGCCUUCUAGAUCAACUAAUUAUAUUUGGGGAAUUCUAAUCAAUUUGGGUUGAACUUGUGGGAAAAAAGAUAUUCGAUUUUUAUUGGGGUUUGUGGAUCUUUAGGUGGGGGAAUUGUAUUGAUUCAUAUUGGUAGUCCAUGGAUAGCCCUACCAAGAGCAUGACUGAUGAUGAGCUACUUGAUGGCGGCGAAAAGAGUGAAACGGCUUCUUCUUCAUCUGUCGCGGAGAGUAAGAUGGUUGAGCCUGUAGAUUUUGAGAAUAAUGGUCUCCUCUGGAUUCCUCCUGGCCCAGAUGAUUUAGAAGAUGAUGAAGAAGCUGUCCUAUUCUAUGAUGACGAAGAUGAUGCCACAGCAGAAUGGAGACACCUAAGUCCUUUAACCAGCUUCGGUGACGGAGAGUCCAGUACCAAGGAAAAGUCGGGUGAGGAACACAAGAAAGCCAUGAAGAAUGUUGUUGAUGGUCAGUUUAGGGCUUUGGUAGCUCAGCUGCUGCAGGUUGAGAACCUGCCCGUAGGCGAGGAGGAUGACAGUGAAAGUUGGUUGGAUAUAGUAAUAUCGUUGUCUUGGGAAGCGGCUACACUGCUUAAGCCGGAUACUAGCAAAGAAGGGUUGGACCCUGGCGGAUAUGUGAAAGUUAAGUGUCUGGCUUGUGGUCGCCGAAGUGAAAGCAUGGUGGUCAAAGGAGUUGUUUGUAAGAAAAACGUGGCCCACAAGCAUAUGAGGAAUAAAAUAGAGAAACCACGGUUCCUAAUCCUUGGUGGAGCUCUCGAGUAUCCUAAUUCCUUGUCAAAUAUCAUUACAUUAUCAGACCAACAGGAAAUGGACCAUUUGGAGAUGGCGGUUGCAACAAUAGAGGCACAACACCCUACUGUACUUCUGGUAGAAAAAUCAGUUUCACGGUCUUUUCAAGAGUACCUCCAUGGCAAAGACAUAGCAGUCGUUCUUAAUCUCAAGAGGCCACUUUUAGAGCGCAUAGCACGCUGCACUGGUGCGCAGAUUGUUCCCUCAAUUGAUAAUCUUUCAUCUCGGAUACUUGGGUUCUGUGACACAUUCCGCGUGGAGAAGUUUCUUGAGCUGCAUGGCAGUGCUGGGCAGAACGGAAAGAAGUUGGAGAAGACGCUCAUGUUCUUUGAAGGAUGCCCUAAACCAUUGGGUUGCACAAUUUUGCUUAGGGGUGCUAACGGGGAUGAACUGAAAAAGGUGAAGCAUGUGGUCCAAUAUGGAAUCUCUGCAGUAUAUCACUUGGCUUUGGAGACGUCUUUUCUAGCUGAUGAGGGCGCCUCCUUUCCCUUGAAAUCACCAAUAACAGUUGCGUAUAAUCCCAGUGCAAAUAAUGUUGAAGCACUGGAGUCCACAGGUGGAGGUGAACUAAGUUCUUCAGAUUUGACAACCUUAGGACAAGACCGAAAAAACAGUCGCGAGGAGCAAGGCUCGUCCAAGGAAGACUUUCCUCAAUGUACAACUGAUCAUCAGAGUAUAUUGGUUUCGUUAUCAACUCGUUGUGUUUGGAAGGGAACUGUAUGCGAACGAGCCCAUAUCUUCCGGAUUAAAUACUAUGGAAGUUCUGAUAAGCCCUUAGGACGGUUUUUACGAGACCAUUUGUUUGACCAGAGUUUCAGAUGCCGGUUAUGUAAGAUGCCAUCUGAAGCACAUAUUCAUUCUUAUACUCAUGGACAAGGGACUCUUACGAUUUCUGUUAAGAAGCUUGAGAUUCUCUUACCGGGUGAAGGAGAAGGGAAGAUCUGGAUGUGGCACAGGUGUCUACAGUGUUCACGCCUCGACGGGAUACCUCCUUCUACUCUAAGAGUAGUGAUGUCUGAUGCUGCUUGGAGUUUAUCAUUUGGGAAGUUCUUAGAGCUUAGCUUUUCAAACCAUGCUGCUGCAGACUGUGGUCAUUCUCUACAUAGAGACUGUGUACGGUUCUAUGGGUUUGGAAGGUUGGUUGCUUGCUUCCGUUAUGCAUCAACAAAUGUGCAUUCAGUUUACCUUCCACCUUCAAAACUUGAUUUUAACUAUAAUAAGCAGGACUGGAUACAACAUGAAGCGAAUGAGGUGGUCAACAGGGCAGGACAUCUGUUCGCUGAAGUAUCAAAUGCUCUCCGCAAAAUUGCAGACCAAAGAACUGGGUCCAGAGGCCUUAUUACAGAACUUGAGGGGUUGUUAAAGACAGAGGAGGCAGAAUUUGAGGAAUAUCUCCAGAAUGCACUAAACAGGGAGGAAAAGAAAGGGCAACCCUUCAUUGAUAUUAUUGAGAUAAAUGGUUUACGGAGGCAAUUAAUCUUCAAUAUCUAUCUGUGGGAUCAGCGCCUAGUUUAUGCAGCCAAUACAGAUAACAAGCCUUUCAAGGAAAAGCUGAAUACUUCUGCGCCUAGUGCUGAAUAUUUGUCUGAAACACUUGAAGAUGCGUGGAUAGGUAAAAAUCAACCGACUGUCAAGGAAAAUAAUAAUACUGCUGUCUUGGUUGAUUCAAGUAUGGUAGACGUUGUGAUGAAAAUAACAGAUAUCCAAGAUCAACGAGAAGAAGACAGACGGGAUGAUAAUGUGGAACAGUUCCCGGCCUGGGUACGGGUUCCUUUUCUGGAACUAUACAAGAAUUCGGCUGGGAGAGCUCCAAAGCAGGAGAACUCUGCUUGGUAUGAUCCUAUAUAUCUUUUAGACCUCUACCUUCCUUCUGUAAACAAGAAUUCAUCGAUGAGCACUCCAAAGCUCGAUAAUCUUGGACAGUACAAUCCUGUAUAUCUUCCGGUUGUUAGGGAGUGGCCACGUUUAGGUGGAGCAAGGUUCUUUCUUCCCAUAGGUGUUGAUGGGACUGUUGUGCCAGUUUAUGAUGAUGAACCCACAAGUGUUAUAUCAUACACAUUAUCUUCCCCGGAGUAUCAUUCCCAGAUAUCAGGUGAGGGACUUAACGGGGGUUCAUCUGAUUCUAAGUCUUUGCAUGCCACUGUUUCUUUCACAGAUUAUAGCCCACAAGGGAAGGUGAAGUACACAGUGACGUGUUACUAUUCAAGUAGAUUUGAGGCUCUGAGGAGGAUGUGUUGUCCUUCUGAGCUCGACUUCAUAAGGUCUCUUAGCCGGUGUAAGAAAUGGGGUAAGAGUAACGUCUUCUUUACGAAAUCAUUGGAUGAUCGAUUCAUCAUUAAACAGGUUACCAAGACAGAAUUGGAAUAUUUCCUCCAGUUUGCUCCAGAGUAUUUCAAAUAUCUCACUGAAUCGAUUGACACAAGAAUCCCAACAUGCCUUUCCAAGAUUCUCGGGAUCUAUCAGGUUACUUCGAAGCACCAAAAUGGUGGGAAGGAUGCGAGGAUGGAUGUUUUUGUAAUGGAAAAUCUUCUAUUUGGACGUAAUCUUACAAGACUUUAUGACCUCAAAGGAUCCACCCAGUCUCGGUAUAAUGCAGAUGCAAGUGAAAGCAAUAAAGUCCUUUUAGAUCAAAACCUAAUUGAAGAAAUGCCAACUUCUCCCAUUUUUGUGGGAAACAAAGCUAAGCGGUUGCUAGAGAGAGCCGUCUGGAAUGAUACUUCUUUCCUUGCUUCAAUUAAUGUAAUGGACUACUCAUUACUGGUUGGGAUGGACGAGGAGAAGCAAGAGCUUGUUGUAGGUAUCAUUGAUUUCAUGAGGCAGUAUACUUGGGACAAACAUCUAGAGACAUGGGUAAAAACUUUGAGUAUCUUUGGUGGAGCUAAAAACUCUACACCAACUGUAAUCUCACCGAAACAAUAUAUGAAAAGGUUCAGAAAAGCCAUGUCGGAGUAUUUCCUUAUGGUCCCAGAUCAGUGGUCUCCUCAAAACAUCAUCCCAAGUGCAUCCCAGUCCGACCUUGGCGAAGAUAACACCGUUAAGGUUUCAUCUCCCUAAAGUUGUACAAAGCAAACAUGCAGUUUGGUUGUAUAUUAUUCGGUUUGGAAUCCUCUUCUUGAUAUAUAGUUCGUUUUUGUCAUUUGGUUUCUGUGAAAAAAAUAUAUGCGAAAACAUUUGUUAGAAGAUGCAGAACAUGGCUGUUCUAGUUCGGGGAAAUUCCCGUUACAGGUACAGUUCCUUGGGUAACCUGUCCCCGAACUACUGUCCUGUACAUCUUCGCUCAUG